AUGCUUAAAAAGACUCUUUUCAAUGCAAAUAAUUCUAGAAAUAAUUAUAUAAUUCUAUUAAAAUCUUUAUCAACAUCAUCUAAAGAAACUAAUUCAACUUAUAGUAAUACGUUAUUAUUACCACAAACUAGCUUUCAACUUAAAGCUAAUGCUAUAAAACGAGAGCCCUUAUUCCGUGAUAGAUGUACAAUUGAUCUAUAUGAGUGGCAGCUGGAAAAUAAUCCCAAAGAAUUAUUUAUUCUUCAUGAUGGUCCACCUUAUGCUAAUGGAAAUUUACAUAUUGGUAACUUUUUGUAUAUUAUGAAAAAAAAAUUUUAA